GCUUUACGACAGUUGCUUUGUGGUAGCGCUGGAGGAGGAAGAUGGCGGCUACCUUAGUAACUGCAGCGGGAAUGGGACCUUCCCCGGCCUGGGGGCCCGAGGCCCUUGCUCCUGAUUGGGAAAACCGGGAAGUGACCACAGGGACCACGAUCAUGGCUGUGCAGUUUGACGGGGGCGUGGUUCUGGGGGCUGAUUCCCGAACAACCACUGGGUCCUACAUCGCCAACCGAGUGACUGACAAGCUGACCCCCAUUCAUGACCGAAUUUUCUGCUGUCGCUCAGGCUCAGCAGCUGAUACCCAAGCAGUAGCAGAUGCCGUCACUUACCAGCUUGGUUUCCACAGCAUUGAGCUUAAUGAGCCUCCACUGGUUCACACAGCAGCUAGUCUCUUUAAGGAGAUGUGUUACCGAUACCGUGAAGACCUGAUGGCAGGAAUAAUCAUCGCAGGCUGGGACCCUCAAGAGAAAGGGCAGGUAUACUCCGUUCCUAUGGGAGGUAUGAUGGUAAGGCAGUCCUUUGCCAUUGGAGGCUCUGGGAGCUCAUAUAUCUAUGGCUAUGUGGAUGCUACCUACCGGGAAGGCAUGACCAAGGAUGAAUGUCUGCAGUUCACUGCCAAUGCUCUCGCUUUGGCCAUGGAACGGGAUGGCUCCAGUGGAGGUGUAAUUCGCCUGGCAGCUAUUGAAAAAUCAGGAGUAGAGCGACAGGUCCUUUUGGGAGACAAAAUACCUAAAUUCACUAUUGCCACUUUACCGCCCUCCUGAAUUCUGAGAUUCUAGAAUACAAUAAGAGACAACCCUCCACCCCCAUACUAAUACCAAAUUUAAUAAACAGUUUGUCAAACAGAA